CAAUCCCCCAUCUUUCGGGGGCGCCCAAAACCCCUUUUCUGAGGUUGGCGACAGCCCCUGAAGACGCCCAUCGCGCACCGCUCCUUCCCCGCCGCCGCCACCAACCCCGAGGAGGGAUGACCCUCUCCGGCGGCGGCAGCGCCAGCGACAUGUCCGGCCAGACGGUGCUGACGGCCGAGGACGUGGACAUCGAUGUGGUGGGCGAGGGCGAUGACGGGCUGGAGGAGAAGGACAGCGACGCGGGCUGCGAUAGCCCCGCGGGGCCGCCCGAGCUGCGCCUGGACGAGGCGGACGAGGUGACGCUGGCGGCCCCCCACCAUGGGCAGCCUCAGCCGCCGCACCAGCAGCCCCUGGCACUGCCCAAGGAGGCCGCUGGAGCCGGGGCCGGGCCAGGGGGCGAGGCGGGCGCGUCCGAGGCCGACGGCUGCAAGGGCGGCGUUGGCGGCGAGGAGAGCGGCGGGAGCGGUGGCGGGCCUGGCUCGGGCAGCGGUGCGGCGGGAGGCCUGGCUCCGAACAAGCCCAAGAACAGCCUGGUGAAGCCGCCCUACUCGUACAUCGCGCUCAUCACUAUGGCUAUCCUGCAGAGCCCGCAGAAGAAGCUGACCCUGAGUGGCAUCUGCGAGUUCAUCAGCAACCGCUUCCCCUACUACCGGGAGAAGUUCCCCGCCUGGCAGAACAGCAUCCGCCACAAUCUCUCGCUCAACGACUGCUUCGUCAAGAUCCCCCGUGAACCGGGCAACCCGGGGAAGGGCAACUACUGGACCCUGGACCCCCAGUCCGAGGACAUGUUCGACAACGGCAGCUUCCUGCGGCGCCGGAAACGCUUCAAGCGCCACCAGCAGGAGCACCUGCGUGAGCAGACGGCGCUCAUGAUGCAGAGCUUCGGCGCCUACAGCCUGGCGGCGGCGGCCGGCGCCGCGGGGCCCUACGGUCGCCCCUACGGCCUGCACCCUGCAGCCGCGGCUGGCGCCUACUCGCACCCUGCUGCUGCGGCAGCCGCGGCGGCGGCCGCGGCGCUCCAGUACCCGUACGCUCUGCCGCCGGUGGCACCCGUGCUGCCGCCCGCCGUGCCGCUGCUGCCCUCGGGCGAGUUGGGCCGCAAAGCGGCCGCGUUCGGCUCGCAGCUCGGCCCGGGCCUGCAGCUGCAGCUCAACAGUUUGGGCGCCGCCGCGGCCGCCGCGGGCACGGCGGGCGCCGCUGGCACCACGGCGUCGCUCAUUAAGUCCGAGCCGAGUGCGCGACCGUCGUUCAGCAUCGAGAACAUCAUCGGUGGGGGCCCCGCGGCGCCCGGGGGCUCGGCUGGGGGCGCCGGGGUAACUGGGGGCACCGGGGGUAGCGGGGGCGGCGGGGCGGCGCAGUCCUUUCUGCGGCCGCCCGGGACCGUGCAGUCAGCAGCGCUCAUAGCCACGCAUCAGCCUCUCUCGCUGAGUCGGACGACGGCGACCAUCGCGCCCAUCCUGAGCGUGCCGCUCUCUGGACAGUUUCUGCAGCCUGCAGCCUCGGCCGCCGCCGCUGCCGCCGCCGCAGCGCAGGCCAAGUGGCCCGCUCAAUAGGGACGUGCCGGUGGCCGGGAUGCUGGGCCCGGCGGCGGCCUCGAGCGUCGGCUGCAUUUGCAAGCUGCGCGCCCCGCCCCGCUCCUGGCCCCCCUGCCCAAUCCUGGACUUUGCCUCUCUUCCAUUUCCUCUCUCCAACUCGUCGACACCGACUUUCGGCGGCCUCCACCCGGUCCUGCAUACCUAGGCUGGCGGAGCAAACUCUCACCGCGCACCCGCGGGGAAUAGCUUUCCGUACAGGUAAAACCGAAAACCGAAUUUCCGAAAAUGUACCCCGACGGCACCUGCUCUCAGUACCUUGGGGAUGGGAGGGAAAUUCUUUGUAUAUAUUUGUAUAAAAAUUAUUGACUUUCCUUUUGGGGUUUUUAUUUUUUUAAGAAAAAAACAAAUUCAGUAGAUUUAGAGCUCUGAACUUUCAUUUUUUCUGAAGGUUCACUCUCCGCAGUUUUAUGUGAGAAAAAAAUGUAUAGAGAUGUUGGGAGAUUUUAAAUAUUAAAAAAUUUUCACAAGGCGAAAAGUGUCAUUCUAUUAUAAAAGUCUGUUUAUAUAUGAAUGAAUAUAUAUGGUAUUCUAAAUGUUAUUCCAUCGUGUUGUACACAACUUUGUAAAUAAAAUUUUUAAAGGC